CGAGGCACACACAACUGCUGCUGUUUUAUUCCAGCACUACGCCAACAGAAACUGCCCUUAUAUAGGCACUUCUGGCUAAGGUCUUUACAGCCAGGGAUACAAAAUAGUGUAUUACAACUGCAUACAUUUCAUAACCUGCAGAUUUCAUAACCUGUUAAAAGUGGCACUGCAGCACAGCAUUUUUGUUUCUUUAUGGCUUCUCGAAGUUCUGUGUUGGGAAGGGAAGCUGUAUUUUUUUGAUUUUUGCGGUCACGUUUGAGCACUUGUCAGUCUCUUUCUCAGCACCGUUUGUUUUGUUCAGUCACUGCCUCCACACCCUCCUCCCCAAAUUUCACAGCGAACGCCGACAGAGAAAUCCUGAACUCCCGCGUCGCACCCUGACAGCCGAUCCUGGAUUUGGAAUUGCCAAAAUGGUGCAGCAUAACCGGGUGCGCCCGCCUUGCCGCGGGCGACGCAUCCUUCCCGGCCUUGGCCAAACCCGCAGCAGACCAGGAUGCCAUUCCUCCCUUCCUGAAGCUGUGCCCCCCUGGAGCUCGGUCCCGCCGUCCGUUGGGCUGCUCCAAGCAGGAUGCUGCUUUUAGUCCGCCCUGGGGCUCGCUCCGUGCCGCCGGAGAGUGCCCGCGGGCCCUCAGCGGGCCUGCAGGCGACCGCGGCCGGUGCGACCUCCGCCCGGGGCUGCUUCUUGCGCCGCCACCGCCCUGCCCGCCCCCCGCCCCGCCCCGGGCCCGUCCCCCCGGAGGUGUCCCCGCCGCCCCUCCGGGCUGGGGGAGCAGCUGCUGCAGCCCAGCCCGGCCCGGCCCGGCGCGGAGGAGGAGAGAGAGGAAGUGAGGGAAGGAAGGAAAAAAGGAAGGAGAGAGAAAGAGGGAGAGAGGGAGGAAGGAAGGAAGGGAGAGAGGGAAGAGGCGAGGCGAGGCCAGUCGUCGCCAGCCACCUUGUGCUUCUGUUUUCUGCAGCGGAGGAGGUGGCAGCCCCCGGCAGGCGUCCCGGCAUGCUGAAAGUCACCAUGCCCUCUUCCUCCUCCUCCUCAUCAUCCUCUUCCUCAUCGUCCUCCUCCUCCGGCUCCUCAGCCACCGGCCGCCCUGGAUCCGCUGUGCCCGACUACUGGAUCGAUGGCUCCAACAAGGACACCCUGGCCCACUACUUCGAGCUGGAGUCCGAGCUGGGACGUUGUGUGCAGCAUGACUGGUCAGCCAUCUCAAAGAAGCUGCUUCAUGAAGGUCUGUGGAGUGGGGCUACAUCCAUUGUCUACAGAUGCAGGCAGAAAGGGACCCAGAAACCUUACGCCGUCAAAAUGUUGAAGAAGACAGUAGACAAGAAAAUUGUCCGCACAGAAAUAGGAGUUCUUCUUCGCCUGUCGCAUCCAAACAUUAUAAAACUGAAGGAGAUAUUUGAGACCCCUACAGAAAUCAGCCUUGUUCUGGAAUUGGUCACAGGUGGAGAACUAUUUGAUCGGAUUGUGGAAAAGGGUUACUACAGUGAACGAGAUGCUGCUGACGCUGUUAAACAAAUCCUGGAGGCAGUUGCUUACCUGCAUGCAAAUGGGAUUGUGCAUCGUGACUUGAAGCCAGAAAAUCUGCUCUAUGCAACACCAGCACCAGAUGCACCACUAAAAAUCGCUGACUUUGGACUUUCCAAGAUUGUGGAAGAUCAGGUGACCAUGAAGACAGUUUGUGGAACUCCAGGGUAUUGUGCACCAGAGAUACUACGGGGAUGUGCCUACGGCCCUGAAGUGGACAUGUGGUCUCUGGGAAUUAUCACCUACAUCCUACUUUGUGGCUUUGAACCAUUUUAUGACGAAAGGGGAGAUCAGUACAUGUUUAAGAGAAUCCUGAACUGUGAAUAUGACUUUGUGUCCCCCUGGUGGGAUGAUGUGUCUCUGAAUGCCAAGGAUUUAGUUAAAAAGUUGAUUGUUUUAGACCCCAAGAAGCGCCUUACCACUCUACAGGCUUUGCAGCACCCAUGGGUCACAGGGAAGGCAGCAAAUUUUGCACAUAUGGACAAUGCACAAAAGAAACUUCAAGAAUUCAAUGCCCGGCGUAAACUUAAGGCUGCAGUAAAAGCAGUGGUGGCAUCAACUCGCCUCGGCAGUGCCAGUGGUCACAGCACACACGACAGCAACAAGGCCAGCCGUAACCCGUCUCCCGUCCAUGACAGCAAACCUGAAGAGAAACCUACUCAGGAAGCAGAAGCAGCUUCAGAAGAAAUGUCUUAGGUCAACAUGCUUCCUUGUUUCAGCUGAAAUCUGUCAUUUCAUACACCAGCUAACUUGUCAUUCAGCAAGAGAGAUUCGUAAGCUUGGCCUCUCUGGUUCUGCUUUGGGGUGCCAAAUGCACUGGCUGGUGAUCCUACCUUCAAUGCAUGUGACUGCUUAUGAAAAUAGUAAACUGUUCCAUAAGGCAUGUCAUGGAAACAGUGUUAUUUGCAGUAAUACCGGCAGGUAAAAACAUGGGGAUGAAUAACUACCUAUCAUAAUGCGUAUACUUCAUAUACAUGUAUCCAAUGUUUCCAGGUAGCAUUUGAAAUGAAAUACCACUUAAUUUGUUUUCAUGUAAGUAGGUGUCUUCUGUAUGUUGUGAGUUUCUUUGAACUGCUUCCUUCCAAAUUCAUAGUCCUGCAGCAGACAAAAUGGAAGGAAAUACCAAGUCAAUGCUUUUAAAACUGAUGUAUGAAAUAAUAAUGCUUUUUAUCUGUAAAAUUUGAAAAGUAUUUGGGGAUCUAUAUGCAAAAAACAUUCCACUACUUCUGAGAAGAAAUUGAAAUGUUAGUUCCACUAGGCAUGAAGGUGUACAUUCCUCAAGCUUGUGUUGAGAAUGCCUUAUUCUGACUUUUCCUAUUUAUAUACAGUAUUUUAAUGACAACCAAAAUUAUUCAGAUUUCUGCCAUUUCAUUCUCUAGUAUAGCUAAACCAAAACAAUAGACUAAAAGAGGAUUAGCAUAGAUGCAAAUUUGAACCAUUAUAUUUAUUCAUUAAUUUCUAAACUGUGCAGCUAAAAGACAUUUUUAUAGGGCCAAAGGGAAUAACCUGCUAUAAUACAAGUUAUAAAUGCUUAAAGGAAGCUAUUCCACAACCCAAUGAUUUUGCUCUGGAGAAGCACUCUUAUACAAGGUCUGGGAGCAAGCAGUAUAAUCUAGUUGUUUCCCAAAUAGUUUAACCUCAUGAAUAACCAGUUUCCACUUGUCAGCAUAGUUAGUCCAGGUUUUCCUAACAAAGGACCCCUCCUGUAAAGUAAUCCACCAGCACAGAUCUUACAUCCACCAGAGCUCCUGUGUCUUAAGUUAAAAGCUGUGAUAUGCAUGAAUCAUCUUGCAAAAUUAGGGUCAGGCUCUACAGGUAUCUUGAUUCUUUUGUUCAGCAUAACUGAUAGAAAUUGAAAAACUAACAUGCAUCAGUAUGUAUGACCAUUUACAUUUGUUUGUUAUCACUCUGAUAGCAUGUGAAUUUUGUGAUGUUAUUGAUAUAUUGCAGAAAUGGCAAAAAGAACCUGAUGUACAAGAAUGUCAUUGUGUUUGUUUGUUGAACUUUUUAAUACUGGUAGCUACCUAACACCCUACUACAGUCAACAUUGCUCUUUUGCUUUAAUCAUUUUUAUGCUAAGUUAGGCCUUGCACAACUUGCCUUGGAAAAUAUAUCAGCUACUGAAAAAAGUCAUUAAUAAAACAUUCAGUAGCUACAUUUCCUGGUGAAAUUAAAGGGUAAUACAGAGUUAUUCAUAUGGUAGGUUUGAUAACUAAAAUAUAAUCAAGAUUAAUAUAAAAAGGAAGAUCAAAGAUAAUGUCUUUACUAGGUGAGAAUGCAUGCUAAUGAAUGUAUUGUACUUGAGAGUCUUUACCCAUUUCUUAUAACUCUUUGAACUUGUACAAAAAGGUUUCCUAAUUAAGUGCAGUUGAAAUUUAAAGUAUGUGCAUCUGUCCUUCAUCCUUUUCACAAGUUUGAGGGAAUCCAACACUUUGAAGUCAUCUGAAACAGCUGGUGGGGGCAUGGCAGCUAUGAAUAGGCCAGCAAGACACUUCUGCAGGUUUUCCCUUGGAAACAAGUAGUCAGACUAAUCACUUUGGAAAAGAUGAUAGGUACAUCCACUUAUCUCACUUUUUACUCUCUUUCUUACCUCCUGCAAGUUGACUGCAGGAUGAAUGCAUUUCUCAGCCACAAGUCUCCUCCUCCUGUUACAGUGGAGAAGCCAUCUGAGUUCAGUCAGUGGGGAGGUUUGAUGGGAGAGGCUGGAUUUCUGUAAUGUUUGCUGCUUGGUUUAGGAUAGUUGCUUCUAAUCUGCAGAAGUGAAGACAGCUGCACAGUCAUUGCACAUCUAUGAGUGCUUGAGCAAAAUUAUUUUCGCCUGAGGCACAGUUUGUUGACCUGAAAAGCAGUCCCAGCUGAUUCUUAAAGUUGUUCUUGCUAAAUUGUACAAUAGUAUAUAAUAACUAUGAACUGAUGCCAUGCAACUGGAGACCUCUCUGUGACAGCAUGGUCCUGAAGGCAGCUCAGUCUUAUGCUCUGGGGUUUCAGUUGUUCUUCCGUAGUUUUUAUUUAUGAUGCUCAAUAUAAAACAAUCAGGAUGUCUGUGCUGAAUGAAUUACCUAUAUGUGACUCAGUAAAGUAGUAUGUCUGGUUUAAGUAUGACAGUAUUAUAGAGAAGGAAGUGCAAUGCUAGGGUGUACGCAUGUAACUGAAGAAAGGACUGUUAAUAUGCAUCAUUUUUGUCUGAAAAAUCAUAUACUAGAGGCAUCUGCCAUAAUUCAGACUUGGGAGUGCAACACCAGUGUCUGUCUUACUGUGGCUGAAAAAUAGGAACAACCCAAAAACUACUGGAGGUGGACCAGUUCCAUACUAGGUAGAAAAUUACUGACGGUCUUUUCUGUUGAAAUCCUAAGAUCUACGUUUUUUAAAUGUUCAACAUAUUAGCGGAGUCCUUCAAGCACAAAAGGGAGAACCUUGCCAUCUUUUUGAAGUCUUUGAAUUUAGCAAAGCUUUUCCUUUAGAGGGAGAGUGUAGCAUUAGCCAAUUGAAGUCUGAUAUUUGAGAUCUAGGCUGAGGAUCGGAUGGCUGUUAAAUGGCUAACCAUGUCCUGCCUUUGCGCAACAGCGUUUUACAAGUUCAGGAAGCUUUGCUCUAAAAUAGAACAGAUCUCCUGUCAUUUCAAACACUUUUGCUUGCAAUUUUGUGGAUGACAAGGUAAUUGCACUGCGUAAGCUUGGUGCUGGUUUGUUUGGACUUCGCGUUGUGCAAGCAUGCUCUAAAGAUGCAGAUACACCAUAAUCAAACUUCUGAAUGCAAAAGAGCAUCAAGGUAAAAGUUUGUGAUACAGCAUGUGCUUCAGAAGAAGGGUAGUAAGGGCUCUGUUCCCACAAGAGCAGUCUGUUGGACACACAGAGAGUGACAAAAACUGCCUAUCAUCCUCCUUGCAAGGACCUAGUGCCUCAAGGAGCUCUGAAAAGCCACAUGGUAAUAGAGCAGCAUAAAAGUGGCAACCAGAAAGUUUCUGGAAGGGGCUUAGAUCAGCAGGGAGUCCCAGGCUGUGGCUCACUGGCAGCUGGGCCUUGGAGGGGACCAAAUAACAAUCCUUCUCCUGUGAAAGAAACAUAGAGGCAGCUGUGGGGAAAGUGAGGACAGCACUGGCAAGAAGAUGCUAGGAGUUGCCAGCGUUCAACUUAGCAGAUGGAUAGCAGUAUCUGCUAAGCAGCAAAUGCAGCAGGACUCUUGAGAAUAAACACCCAUUUCCAAAUAAUGACUGGCAACUGUCUCUCAGCCUGGGAAACGCUGUAACGCAGAGCCCUGCAGUGCAGCUCUUGGGAUUGUUUCUAAAAGUGGCAUGUGAACGUGUAGGAUGGAGGACUUCAGCUGAUCCUUGGAUGGUGUCCUGCAUGCUGCGUGCUUACAGAGUGACAGACACUCACGAGUCCCAGCUCAGUGCCUUGACCCCUGGCUUGUGCAGAGGCUGUGUAUUUCUCCUGAUGAAGAACUCAGUUUUGUGUGGCUGAGUCUGCCUUGCUGCUGCUCAGCUUACGAGUGUAUAGCUUAUGUAGGCAUAUCAUUCAGGUAACAAAAAAUAUCUUCUUAUAUGGAGAAAAGCAGGAAUGAGGCUAGCCAAGCAAGACAUGCAAUUAGACCUAGAGCACAGUGGCAGGGAUACAAGCAAGUCCCGAAGAUAUUAAAGGUAAACAAAAAGACAGCUCAGAACAUCCUGAAAGUUACUUUAUAAAACAGUAAUAGGUCAAAGAAUGUCCUUUGCUCCCUUUCAGAGUACUUUCAGUUACAACAUACAACCACAGUAGUGAGAGUUAAUUUUGCUUUUGUAUAGAGAAAGUUAGCUUCCCUGCUAAGCACCUGUGCAAUACCAUGUUUUAUCAAAUAAAACCCAUCAGCUGCAUUGCAAAAUAAAAAGAAAAUACAGUGAUAAGGAAUGAAGAGGAGAAAAAUUGAAAUAAUUACAUAGUAUAGUUAUAUCUGAAAUGAAAAGAUGUUAGUUCCAGAAUAUGUAUAAACUUUUACUUACAAGACUCUAGAUUCUCUGCAUAAGCAAAAAUUUGCCUUAUGUCUGGGACAUAAAACUUCAGGCCAGAGUAAUUCAGUGAAGAUUGAUGGAGGGUCAGUGCAAAUAUGGAGAGCAUCCAUUGGAAUGUAAAUCCUCUAACUGAUAUAAGAAUGUAACAAUGUACAUGCAUAUAACUAAAAUUCCAUCAAAAGCAAAAUAAAAAAGUACCUGCACUGCAUGCUCUUCUAUCCCUCUAAAGUGGAACAGACAACAUAACACAGUCAUGAACGUGGUCGUUAUUGGAAGGCUUUCAGAUACUGUGGGCAUAGUGUAGUGCAGAAACAGGAAUGGAACAGAAUAGUCGAAGUGGCCCUGUUCUGAACUUAUCAAUAAAAUUAUAGAUACAUAUUAAUAUAUAUAUGUACAUGCACACACAAGUAUAUAAAUUUAUCAAAAGAGAGGCAGAGACUGCUGAACAGUCUGUAUGAGCCAUGUCUGCAUUAACAGUCACAGUAACCUUUUAAGCUGUCUUUUGCCCUUUGCCAGCACUACUCAGCUGGAACUGAAACCAUAGCAUUUAACAUACUUGUGUACGUGGACCAUCACUGGAUGAAAUUCAGUGUAAUGGAUAUUAAGGUAUGAAAGAUUAAUAAAUACAGUUGGUACAGAGUUCUCCCCAGCUCUGGCUCCUUCAUAGCAAGAUGCAGUUGGAAAAAGAGUGUUUCAGUGCCCUUGUCAUUUUGCAUGCUCAGGACUCGGACCAAAGUGGGGUGACAACACCAGCACAGCAUUUUGUGGUGGGUUAGAGCUGUGCUAAACUACACCAGAGGCCCCUGUCCAGCCAUGCUUCAUCCACAGCACGUGUGACCAAGAACUGACUAACCCUUAACUUGUAUAUCAGGAAGGCGUUAACUGGCCAAGGUAUAUUAAACAGCAUGUGUCCACUCCUACUAAGUAGUACAGAGCUCAUCCCAUAGUAUCAGCUACCUUUUUCUGUCUGCCUGAGAAAUUGCAGCAUGCCAGAGUGUUAUGUGGCAAUAAGCAAAGCUUAAAGGAAAGGGAUCGUCUCUGUUUUUUCCCUUUGAAACUCUAGUUUCAAGAACAAGUGUUAACAUGCGUUCAUGGCUAAAUGGCUUGUUGUUUUUAUUCCCUGUUAUGCUUCAUCUUUUUCCCUGUCCCUGGACCCUGUGGGGCACCCAGGAAGAGCUGUCAGCUGCCAGUCAGUGGGAGAAGAGCCAUCUGAUGCUUGGCAGGUUGCAGCUGUACUGCCCUGACAAAUCUACUAUUGCCCUUGGGUCUGUCAGAUGGUCUUGCUCCUGCUCUUUUUGUUGCUUGUGCUCCCAAAAGAGUUUGGGUUUUAUUGUUGAAGUAUAAAUACAUUCUUCUGUGAGCCACCCUUGGUGUGAUCUGUCAUUACCUCUUAUAGUCCCAGGGAGAGGUGCUUCCCGUUUCCUUCCCCAUUUCCUAGACUCAUGCCGUUUUCUGGCACCUUUCAUUUCCUUUCUCAAGAGCCUAUACCUGGCUGACAAAAAUAGCCUGGUGCUUUACAACAAACACUGGGCAGAACCAGAAAAGAAUUCAGCUCCUUGAGUUUGGUUCCCAAUAGGAAAUUAAGGCACCCAGGCUGCUGUAGAUGCUUUUGGCUCUACAACUGCUAAUGGUGGGGAUAAAGGAUUCAAAGCAAAGUAGCACAAGAACAGAGCCAUGCCAGGCUCUGCUCCUCAGUAUGAGGAAGAUCCUUUGUCAAUGGCAUCUUUUUCCUUGCAUGGAGAUGAUGUGGUUUAUGUCAGUCCAAAGCAGCGCCUCAGGCUUAGGAACUCUGAAAAAUAUCAUGUGUGCUACGAUCAGUGAUCUUCUUGGUAUCAUUUACGUAAUACCGGUUGACAUACUUAGUAUCUUAUUUUAUGCAGCAUUGCCAGUUAGUGCAUUGGCAGCAGAAACAGUGAAGUCAGUUCAUAACACUUUGGGCCCAUUUGGUGUCUGGAACUGUAAAUUAUGAUCUGCUUUAUAACACAGAACUGGGUGGAGCCAAUCAUUGCUUCUGCAUAUGUACGCACAGGGUAAGUCUAUCAAAGAGAAAAAAGACUGUCAUUCUUAUUCCUACAUUGGGUGGAUCUGCAAUGGCUCUCCUAAUUGAAAUUACUGUAUUAUAGACUUUAGGCAGUUACUCUGGUAACUCAAAAGCUGAGACAAGCCAUUAGACAUGAUUUACAGCUGCAGAUGGCACGUGAUCUAUCCCAGAGUCAGUAUGCUCCGGUAGUCACAGAGCUGUAUUUAUUCACCCACAGAACUGUGCAUAGGAGUCUGCUUUGCCAUAUCAGCCCUCAGUAUCAUCUGACAUGUCCUUUUGAGCUACUCCUUCUGAAUGAAAGCUUUUUCAUUAAUCUAAGAAAUUUAAAUUAAUUGUGCACAAAGUCAACAGUUUUUCAUCCAUGUUCUUAACACUACAGCCCUGGGGGAGGCUCUUGUCCAACCCUCGUCAAAGCAAAUAGUGUUGGGCACCACAGUACUUGUGAUGAGGUAAUGUGAUUUUAAUCCUACCCAAAGAAUUCUUUUUUUCCCUUCUGGACAAGCCAGAGGAGCUGCAGGUUUUGCAAAUGUCCAGUGAUCAAAUUACCUGAUCUUAUCAAAUUACCUGAUCAAAUUACCAUACUUAACUAACCAAACAGGGUGUGUGACAAGUACUGUGCAAAGAUCUGUGUCUGUUUAAGAGCCAAAUACCUGAGCUGUUGCUGAUAAGUUCCAUCUUACACUUCUGCUUGAGGUUAACCAAAAUGAUUAGGCCCAUUUAAAUCAAUUGGCUUAGUCACAGUAAUAAAGGCACCUGUGUGAGAGGAUCUUUCCAGAUUAAGGGACAAUUUUCACAGAUAUUAACAACAAAACCCUCCAAAUGUUAGCUCCAAAUAGCUGCGUUGCACUGUGAGAAAUUAUAGCUAUCAUACCUGCAAGAACCAGGGUUAUCUAGGAGCAAAGCAGAUCCCAAAGCAUGAUUGUGUUACUUACAAAUGCUAACUUUACAUGAACAAGCAUAAGCACCAUCAUGAAUCCAUAAGUACCACCAAACAGUAAACACCCACAGCAAAAACACCAGGGGAUUUUACUAUUGAGCACACCAAAGAGAGUUUCUUAGAUUUUUCUGGACUGGGAAUAAGGUAAAAAUAAUCUAUGAGCAUUUCCUCCAAGGUCUCAGGUUCCUGAUUUUUGUUAUUUUCCAGACAUCACCAUCUCUCAUGUUUACGAAAGCAGCUCAAAGGUAUCCAGCACCAGCCACCUCUAGAUGGAAAAACCUCACCACUGACCCCACUUUUCAUUUGUAAAACAUCAAAGCUGUUUUGUUUGUACCAUUAGUAUGGCUCCUAGUCUCUUCCUCAGCUUGCUGUGAGGCCUGGAUUAGUCUUUAGUGGCAAAUGGGAGUUUUUCAAGAAACAUUUUAUGAAGCAAAUGGACUGUAUGCUUAUUUAGAAAAAGACAUCUUUGAAGGAUUUCCUACAGCAGUGUCCUCCCUGAGAAGCCAUCUUACAUGGGAAGGACAGUGAUCACAGGACCUUGCAGAGGGCCCCAGGCUACUGCCACCACCAACCUACUGCCCUCAUUGUAGUGGUGGGUUCCUUGUUUGCUCUGCUCAAAUCUUCACCAUCUUGGCUGCAGGGAAAUAGGGAUUAAAACUAAGAUUUUUUACUGGAGGUAAUUAGAAACAAGAACAGUUAAAUGACUUAGCUGCUGACAGCUACCCCCAGCUGUGUCUGAAAGCUAUUAUGCACAAUGGGAACCACUUCCUUGUUUACACCACAUCUUCAUGAGGAGUCAUGCUAAUCCUUCUGAUUAAAUAUCAGCAAUUUCAUUUAAUGUUCCAUAAGGGACAUUAUUUUGUGCUUUGGCUGAUUGUUUUGUUUGGGUUUUUUUGUUGGUGGGGGGUUGUUUGUUUAUUUGAUUGGUUGGUUUGGGUUGGGUUGGUUUUUUUAAUCAGAAUACACAGUGUUGAGAGGCCUAUGCUUGUGAGAAGAUUAUCUCUGAAGUGAUUAGGUGCUCAAGGAGAAGGAAAGAUGGAGGGUGGACCCUAAUCCCUAAGACGAAGAUGCAUAGGAUGGUCUUUCAGACUCCAAGGAUGGCUGAUCCAGCUUGCAAAGGAGUGGGAGAAGCAGGGACAAGUUACUGUGUCUGUCUUACCUGGGGGAAGAAGUUUUUUAGUCCCAAGGAGCUAUAUACCACCAUGCCCUUGCAAGCCUGAGAGGCACCAAGCAGAGUCUGGCUGGCUGCUGCAGACAUACAGUAACAGUUUAAGCUGGUUUUAACCUGAAGAAAUGUGGUACAUUAAGGGCUUGUGUCUGGCUUGGCCUUGGUUUGAAGACACCUGGUAGCUCUUGGCUUUGAGGCUGGAUGAGGACCAGACCAUAAACAGGGAGUUUUGUGCUUCUGUUAAUUCAAGAGUAUAUGCUGCAUGGUUAGAAUACGUGCUGAUGCUUCCGAGACAGACAAAUGGUGCUAUUGACUUGUAACACAAAGCCUGUUUAUAAGCCUGUUUAUAUUUUAUAAGCCUGUUACAGAAGUUCAUUGAUCUCAGAGCAAUGGUGGCUGGACUCUUAAUAAAAUGAAAAAUGUCAUAUAUCUAUCUAUUAGACUUUCUCAAGUUAGCUCUGUGUCCUGUGUAUCUGACUCCUUAUUUUCCUGCUUAAUGUGUUAAGAAAUCCUGUAUUGUCAACACUGUUUGCUUGUACUAGCAAAGAUGUUAACCACUAAGGAGAAGUUUAUGGACUGCUUGUUUAACUGUACACCUUUACUUCAGAUAAGCCUGUUUGUGUAGUAACCUUUCUGAUACUGUGCAAAUGAACCAGAGACAAAUUUGAACCAGAAAAUACUGAAAGUUUUGUUAUUUCAGUGCAUUGCAUUUGGGACCAAUGUACCUGCUUGUUGUGCUUGCGUGUAAAUGCUGAUAAGCUGUGAGACUACACUUUGAUGGUGGGAAGCCUACAAGUUUAGUAAGUGGCUUGCAUGAUUGUUCUGAUGCUAAAUAAACUAGUAAAUCUA